GGAGAGCAGCGAGCGCCACCUACGCCCAAGUGUUCAUAAUGGCGGCCGUUCCAACAGGAGCACACGGAGUACAUUUUGCUGACCCUGAAGAAGCUAAUUGCGCCCUUUCGCUAUAGAGAUGUAGCAUAGAAUUCACUGUGAUGGACAGGCUGCAUUGAGACAAUGGUGUCAUGCCAGACUGAGUCAUGACAUCCAAGGUAUUUGAGUUCCUCAAUGACUCCGGGGGCAACAACUUUACAGAGACAGCACCUCGGCCGCCUGUACCUGGGGAAGAAAAUGAGCUGCAAUCUAAUGGGGGUAUGUCCACCCGCAGCAGUGGCUCUCACAAGAGUCAGGUGUCAAACAAGUCACAUGCCUCAUCCAAGAGUGCUGCAUCCACCAAAGGGGAGAUAAGCCAUUCACCUGCGGCCACGCCUCGUAAAUCCAACUUGGACAGAGGAGAAGCCACUGGCUUCCCUCUCUGUCAUGGUUUCGAGACCGAAGAUGUUGAGGCACCCCUUGGGUUUGAACCUGAGGGGAGUGCUGCAAAUUCUCCACCAUACUCCGAGAAUAGCACCCCACCUCACUUAAAAUGGGCUGAGAAUUUGAACCACCUUCUUACAGACAGUGAUGGCGUGUCACUGUUUAAAGAGUAUUUAGAAUGUGAACAGGGUGGAGCUGAUGAACUUCAGUUCUGGUUUGCAUGCCAAGGCUUGAAGCAACAGGCUGAUACAGGAGAUGUUGCAAACAUUGUGAAUGCGAUAUACAAAAAAUAUGUUCGGGUUGACAAAGUAAAAUCUAUUUCCAAGGAAACAAGGAAGGAGAUUAUGGAAAAGAUUCAGCAAAAGGUGAAAGUGGACCAGUGCAUAUUUGAUGCUGCUCAAGCAGAAGUUGAAAACCACUUCAGGAAUGUAUCCUAUCCGGCCUUUUUGAAUUCUGAUAUAUAUGUGCAAUAUGUUCAGUCUUAUGCAGACAGUCCCAAGUCCAGUCACUCAAGUGGGUCAAACUCUGCACGACCUGUUUCCCAGUCUGUGUUAUUGCCAGUGCUUCAUGAGGAUAAAGAAUUGGCAACAGACGAACUUUCAUCCACUAUGGGAGUACCUCUCAUUAACAAGAUAUCUGGUGGGAGACGAUCUGAGUUGACCAGCCUGCGACACAAUGAAACAGUUGCAGGGUUUUAUUAUUUUACAAGACCACACUGCUCAUCAUACCCAGCCCAUGUUUCGUAUGCCCCAGUAUCAGCCCAGGAUAGUGAACAGCAGAGCUUAUCUAGUGAUGCGCUUACAGAUGAUACUGUGUCACUGACUGACACAAGCAGCAUAGAUGGCAACAUGCCAUAUGGUCGCAAGCAACAACGUAGGAAGGCAAUGAAGAGCAGCUUCGCUAUUCCCAACAGAGAGUACAGAACAGAUCUCCACACACAAAUCAUUCCUCGCACACAACGGGUUCCAAAUAAUCCAAACAUCGCAGAAACAGAUCCAGAGCGGUUUGCUCAGCUGCUGAGAGAGAAGCUGGAGAAGGAGAUUAAGGACCGAGAGAGUGUGGUGAAAAUGGAGGAAAAGUUGAAAGCUUUGAAUCAGGAGGAAAAUGUCAACAUAUCAUUUGCCAAGAACACCACAGCAACCUCUUUCAUUUUGUCACUUCCCUCAGAGGAGGAGACAGCAGAGAGCAUCCUCGAUCAGCAUUGCUCCCGCAUAUGGGCCAGCUCUCACCACACACCUAGCCGCACUCCUGGUCGCAUGUCUCCACACAGCAAGUCUCCUGAUCGCACAUUCGCUCGCCCCAAGGCAAAAGUUAUGCAGCAGACAGUGAAUACUGCAGCAUCUGCUGCUGCUGUUGCUGUGUUGUCUGUGAAUACUAGUUUUCAGCGCAGUUAUCAUCGUAGUAACAGAAGGGAGCCCACAGGCCUUUCUAAAUCAUUUGACAGUGGUGUGGGUGAUGACAAGAACCCUGUAGUUCGAGGAGAAAUGCAUCGUCAUAUUCAUCACCAUCACCACCACCACCACUCUCGUGACAUCAGUGGAAAACAGCGUAUGGAGCUGGAAACACAGCAAAUAAACAUGGCCUAUUGGCGUGAAGGUUCCACAUGUGUUGACCACAGUCGUGGUAGAACUACUAAUGUGAAAAAGAAUGUUGUGCGUAAAGGUUCAGAUGCUAGUAGUAACAUCGACAGUGGAAUCAACAUGGGCUUUGACAGGGAUUCUUCCCGGGUGGUGCCAAAUUGGAAUAAUCCUUCAAGUGAAAAGGUAAUGAAGUGGAUGCUGCAGAGUGAGACAAUCAUAAGUGAUACAGGGACAGGAUCGGCAGACACAGACCGAAGUUCAUCUCAUAAACGCUCUCAUCGGUACAGCUCUGGGAUUGCUACCUCACAGCCAUAUAAACAGAGCUCCAAAACCAAAACGGGUACACACACAUCUAGUCGCUCAACAUCUGUAGAGCGCAGUGGGAUGCAUGCAUGGGGAGUGGCAGGUGUGGGAGCUCCAGUGCUACCUGGCCAGCCGUUUGUGCAAGAUUCUAACAUGCCUCCACUUACGCCUCCAAACCCAACCACCCAGCUUGAGGAGGCAAAACGUCGCCUGAAGUCUCGAGCUUCUGUACCAGUGAAGUCCAAGUCUUUCGCUGGCGUGCCUGUAAAGGAUAAGAGUCGUUGUGCUAUGCCAAUUUUAUCUACCUACAUACCAUCUGCUCGCACUGUGCCCAGUGACCUAGACGCCUCUACCACCAUGCCUGAGUAUUCUCAGCGACCACAGAAGCCCCCUGGCAAUAGUGUGCAGGGUGACACCACAGUUGUUGGCAUGUAUUAUGAGCAAGAGCCUAUCCCUUAUCGUUUUACACUACCAGGACGCACUAUUACACUUGCCCAAGUUCGUGCCCUCAACACCAAGAAAGGCAGUUACAAGUAUUUCUUCAAGCGAGACAGUAACGAGUUUGGAGACGGUGCAGUUUUCGAAGAAAUUGAUGACGACAGUAAAGUACUGCCCAUGUGGGAUGGCAAAAUAGUGGCUAAGCUCUCGAAGGUAGACUGAAGACAGAUCCAUUCAUCUAGCAUUUGGCUUCCUUUUGCUUUUUCAAGUAAAAGUGUAGCAGUUGAGAACACCUGAUGCGCUGAUUGAAUGUGAAUACAUACUGACUUUUUCAUGAAACUGCAAAUGUCAUGUUCACCAAAAAGCAGAGGCAGUUGUCACAAGCACUACUGGUGUUCAAGAAGUGAUCAUUAGCAUUUGAGGAGGAAAAGAAAAAGGGGCUGGACAGGACAGAAAAGGGUGAUUUCAGGUCCAUGAUGUUAAGAAAUGAUCUUUUUCCUUAGUACUGCCACCAGUGAAAUCCAUGGACAAAGUAAUUUUUUUCUUUAGCACUAGAAGAGCAAGAUCUUGCCACGAUGCAGAAGCAGUUAAUCCAGACUAAUGACAUCUUUGGUCUGAGUCUGUUGCUAAAGCAGCAUGGAUACUGCAGAUGCGUCAUCAGCUGAGAAGUCAUUGAGAGAUAAUUAGAAGGCUUUAUGUCUAGCUUUUGCAAGAAAAAUUAGACGUCUGUGUGAGAAUCAAAGAAAUUGAGCAGGGCUCCCAUUCCUUACUCUUUAGUUUUGGGAAAAUGGAAAGUACCCAUACAGUAGAAAAGGAGAGACCAUAACUGCAUACUUUAAUGCUGCUGCUUUAACGAGAAAUCUUAAAAUGCACUGCCUUUCAGAGCAUCAUAUGAACUGUUCCAUAGUGUAUGUGUGUGUCGAGAUUGUGUGUGUGCACGUGUGCGUGCAUGCAUGUCUGGGAAAUAGUGAUUUUCAAAGGAGGUUAAUGUUUUAAAAAAUCUCAUAGGGCAAAUCAACUGUGUUGAAGAAAACUGCCUUUGUUUACUGCAUUUGGAUUAUUUGAUGCUAUGUGGCUUUGCUUGAGCAAACUGACCACUGAAUUCGGCAGAUCCUGCACAGGUGGUGUGAACAAGUUGUAUUGUUAUUUUUUAACACUGUGACAGGAUUAUUUGCAACAUUAUUGAAAGAAACUGUGUGCAUAUGUGAGUUCUUGAUUUGGAUAUGCAUAGAAUACUUCAGAAACUAAGAAUGCCAGACAAGUAGAUUUGGUAAUAAGGUGGGGUUGGAAUGUCAUAAAGUUCAUGAACUUAUGUUUGUGCUGCUACUUUCUGGGAUUUGAUAAUCUUUUUGUACACAUUUUGAAGUAUUGUUAAAGCAAAUAAAAUGGAAAAACUGUUUUUGAAGAGAAAAUAAAAACGGAGCUAAUUUAUAAAUAGAAAUGGAACUGAUAAAGGUAAACAGGUUUAUCAGAGGUGUCCCUGUCCAUAAGUGUCUAUUUUGGGAAGAGGGGAAGCGAAUUGUUUGGCUAUAGUAUUUUGCAUGUGAAAAGUUAUAUUUAUGUUAACGCAUUUUUUUGUUCAGUUUUUUUUUCUUUUGCUAUAUGCAUUUCUUAGUUACUAAGGGUUUUUCUUGAUCAGUGGUCUGCCCCAUUGUAUCUAGCUAAGAGUGUUGUAUUGACUUGUACAUAGUGAUGUAAUAUUGGAAUGCUAUAAUAUUGACUCAGGGCUAAUCUUACAGUGUGACUGUGGGACAUUUUAUUUGUUAUCGAUACAAAUUAUGGCUGAUGGUAACAAGAGGCAAAUCUGCAAGAAGAGUUUUGAUCCUGAUGCUGGGAUCAUGUGGAAGUGUGUGCUGCAGUAGACUUGCUCCCCCUCCCACCUGCUCCCCCUUUCCUAUGGAAUUUAGCACAGACUUGAAUGUUUCAUCUACCUCUUCCUGUGCCGGUGAUUGUGUGAUGAUAGCUUGAUAGGCUGACAAGACUGUUGUAAAAGCGAAUGUCCAUUGGCUACAGAUUUUUUUUUUAAAAGCUCUGGUCUUCGGCUCAUGUUACUUUGUUUGUGCAGAUAUUUAGAAAGAUAUUAUUGAAAACCAGCAGCUCAGGAGGUAGAUGAACUGUAGCUAGUCUGUUUACAUAAAGCAGAUAAGUCUAUCGUCCUGUUUCCUUGGACUUUUUGCCCUCUCGUAUCUUUUGGCAUAGGCAGGGUAGAAGCAGGAUCAUAAAAUAUCACAGAGUAAGAGAUAAAUUAUGUAGUUCAAUUUUAAACAUAAGAAUGCAACAUAUAUGGCUGAGUGUAACAAAUAUUGUAUUUGUCAUGUUUGCAUUUUUUGAGAGAUUAUGAACAAAAAAGUUGAACUAGUUACGUGUGUAUCAGUGCAAAUGUCAUUGAGCAGCCUGGAGAUUGUUUAUAUUUUGGCUAUAUUUACAUACUUAUCUGUUUUAGACACACAGAUAUCCGCAAGAUUUUCAUUGCUUUGUGUGUUCUGGGAGGGUAGGUGGUGAGGUUUUGUGUGUGUGUGGGGUGAGGAUGUUUGACUAUGUGAAGGAUAUGGUUGUGACAAGUGUGGCAAAAAGCAUCAUGAAGAGUGAUUGCUCCAGCUUUCUGGACUAGCCAGCCAUGUUUCUAGAUGUGUUGUCUACUUGAUGAACAAUACAAAUCGAUGAAAUUAAAAGGCACUAGUCAGUC